AUGUGUCUCAAAAUAAACAAUUUAUUUAUUUUUGCGAUUUUAUCAAGCAUUUUUUCUGCUACCAAUAAAGCAGUUAAUUCUUGUAGCAGACAAUCAAGGUAUCACAGAGCCAACAAUACCCUCAUCGACGUUAUUGAUGUUAGAUACAACUUCAGCAAUGGACCGCCAAAAAAUAAAUCGGUAUUCGGUAUUCGCUCUUGUAUCGCGUGUUCGGCUUUGUGUCUUUCUGAAGAAUCUUUUGCCUGUAAAGGGUUUGAAUGCAGGAACGGCAUCAAUGAAUGCAAAUUAGUUACUGCUUUCUUGACAGGCGUGAGUAACUCAGCUGGCAACCUUAAAGAGCGAUAUCGUUUGAAGGAAGCCUGCCCUGCCACCACAACUUACGUACCAUCAAUGAGGUCCUGCUUAGUUCUCAUUCCCAGACCGAUGACGUGGUUGACAGCCAGAGAUGAGUGCAACAACAUGACCUUGAACUUUCACCCUCUUAUAAUUGACAGCUUGGACACCAAUUUGGCCUUGAAAAACUAUCUGAAUUCUUACUUCGGCUGUAUGCAUCCUUUUCCAAGCUACUUAUGGGAUGAUGUGGAUUGUACUCGCAACGAUUUCUGCGUCAUCUGCCAGCUUGAUCUCUAUUGA